GCAACUUGCUAUGUGGUGCUGGAGGGUCAAAAUUUUACUGACCUUUAACCAACCACAACAUAAAAUAAUGGCUUAUUCACCUGGCGCAAGAGGCGGACGCGGUGGCCGUGGAGGCAGUAGAGGAGGCCGUGGAGGCUUUGGCGGUGGCCGUGGAGGUUUUGGCGGCGGCCGUGGAGGCGCUAGAGGAGGUGCUCGCGGCGGUGGUCGCGGUGGUCGUGGUGCUUCUCGUGGAGGCCGCGGCGGUGCCCGUGGCGGAGCUAAAGGAGGUUCUAAAGUUGUCGUUGAACCCCAUCGUCAUGGAGGUGUCUUUAUUGCCCGCGGUAAAGAAGAUCUUCUUGUCACCCGCAACUUGGUUCCCGGAGAAUCCGUAUACAAUGAGAAGCGUAUCAGUGUAGACUCUGCUGAUGGCACCAAGGUUGAAUAUCGUGUCUGGAACCCUUUCCGUUCCAAGCUUGCCGCCGGUAUUCUUGGUGGUUUAGACAACAUCUACAUCAAGCCAGGUGCCAAGGUUUUGUACUUGGGUGCUGCCAACGGUACAUCAGUUUCUCACGUUGCUGAUGUCGUCGGUCCUGAGGGUCUUGUCUAUGCUGUCGAGUUCUCUCAUAGAUCUGGUCGUGAUCUGUUGAACAUGGCUAAGAAGCGCACUAAUGUCAUUCCAAUUGUUGAGGAUGCUCGUCACGUUCAAAAAUACCGUAUGUUGAUCGGUAUGGUUGAUGCUAUCUUUGCUGAUGUUGCCCAACCUGACCAAGCUCGUAUUGUCGCUCUCAACGCCGCUGCUUUUCUUAAGAAUGAGGGUGGUGUUGUUAUAUCUGUCAAGGCUUCUUGUAUCGAUUCUACUGCUGAUGCUUCUGUUGUUUUCGCACGUGAAGUUAAGAAAAUGCAAGAAGAGAAAAUCAAGCCUCAAGAGCAACUUACUUUGGAGCCUUAUGAGCGUGAUCACUGUAUCAUUGUCGGUAAAUACUUGAGACACCAAUAAACCAAAACCGAUGUUAUUUAUAUACAUGCUUUUCAAUGCUUUAGUUUUUUGCUAGACAAAAAGUUUUUGCGGCGCUUUUGGUCGAUGGUUCAAUAAACAAUUUUGGGUAUAAUUGUUGGUUACUGUUGUUGCUCUUUAAAAAAAUAUUGAUCAUUUAAUUUUGGCAAUUAUCAAAACAAACUGUUCCAUGAUUGUAGUAUACUAAGUAGUUCAAUUGCGA